AUGGAAAAACAUCUUAGUCCCGUUGAUGGUGACUGCGAGGAAGUAGAGAGAAGCUGCUCUUUUGAGCAAAUCGGAUGUGAAAAGACUACGAAGGUUUGCUUUUGGUAUUUAUCUUUCAGAAUUACACGCUGAGGGUGCACUUUGUGAACCGGCAGCAUCCCACGAGCUGCUCUACUUGCCCCCUAACAUGUGAGGGCGCAGCUGGUUUUGGCAGUUCAUAUCUAACUAUAGUAACCAUUCCUUUCUGUAGAAAAUGAGGUAUUCAGAGGCAAAGAAACACAACCAGAUAUGUUCCGUAUUUCAUCUGAAUCUGCUGCUAAAUUUCGUUCUCCGUCUCGAGAAGCACUUAAAGCAAGUUGUCGGUACGUCUGCAGCAUGGGUUGGUAGUGGCGCUAAUGACUGGACGAGGGGAUCGGAAAGGCUCGUUUCCGAAGCAAUAUCAAAAAUAGAUACAGCUGUAAGAGAGACAACAGAUUUGCGCCAGAAACUGGUGGAACAAGGCCAAAGACUUGCCUUACUGGAAGGAAGGGUUAGAACUGCUAAAGACAUACCAAUGGCAUCAAAUUCCGUUAUGUUGUUGCCUCAGAAUUUGCCUGGGGACAUUUCAAGAAGACUCACUAACGCUGAAAAUGGAAGUGGUAACAUAGAAUUCCUCAUGGGCGAAACAGUUCGAGAGAUAAACGAUGUCAAGCAAGAGGUAAAAGAUUGUCUAUCUUUUUUUCUCCACAUAAUUUCCCUUCAUAUUAACAAACGAUUGACCUCUCCUGAAAAUUUGGUCACAGAAUUAUGUCCCAAAACUGUGACAUUUUUUCUGGCCUUGAUUUUGCCGACUGUUACUCAACUGAUCUGGAAUGCAGAGUUAAUAUCAAGUUUCUUAGUAUUAACACCCAAUAGAGAAUGGCUUAUUCUCUCUUGCUCAUUCUCUCUUGUAACACACUCUAAUGUGGGUGUAAAAUCUGGGAGUCCGGGAAGUGUUUGUCGCUUUUCUGGGUAAGUUAAUGAUGGAAUUCUGUAUGGUGCAUUAAUAGAGACUCACCUUUUAAGAAUAGUGCAGGUGUAGAUUCUAAGUCUGAUGUCAAUGUGUGCGCAAUCCGGGGUAACAUUGUUUGGACAAUGUGUCAUUAUUACCAUAGAGAAACUGAGCUGGAGAAAUUCCUUUUGCGGUUUUACUAAUAGAUGAAUGAUUCGUUCUUCUCCUUGACCCAUCACUGCUUCCUUUACACUAAUCUUUCACUAAUUGGCUAAAUUACAGAUUCACUGUUUAACACCCUAAUGAAUGACUGACUGACUGGCUAACUCUUUGACAUUCACAGUUUGAUCUAUUGAUUAGAUAUCCUCUCUUCGGGGUCAAGUGGACGAAAGUGUAAACAGCGUAAGGCGACUUGAAAGACGAAUUGAAUCCAUAGAGCACAAUUUGGCACUCAGGAACGUAACUGUACAAGACAUCGAGGAACAUGUACGACAAGAACAGUUCUCUACCUAUGAUGGCAUAUUACUCUGGAAGGUCACAGAAGUCGCUCGUCGCACAGAAGAAGCGCGUUCUGGACGGCAAUCCUCCAUUUAUAGCCCGUGCUUCUACACCAGUCGCCAUGGCUACAAAAUGUGUGCCAGGCUGUAUUUGAACGGAGAUGGCAUGGGCAAAGGAACACAUCUUUCGUUGUUUUUCGUUCUCAUGCGUGGUGAGUUCGAUGCACUUCUCCGUUGGCCAUUCCGACAGAAGGUCACUAUGAUGUUGAUGGACCAAGACAACGUGGAGCACGUGAUCGAUGCCUUUAGGCCUGACCCAAGGAGCACCUCCUUUCAAAGGCCAAGGCGACAGUCAAACAUUGCCAGUGGAUGUCCAAAUUUCUGCUCGCUGUCUGACUUAAAUAGUCACGCCUACGUAAGAGAUGAUACAAUGUUUAUAAAAAUCAUUGUUGACACCACUGAUAUUUAG